GCUAACCCUGUGCGGAAAUAAAGAUCUAUUUAUAUAAUACUGCGCAUUUGAUUCUCAGUCUAGUUUUUGGCUUACCACUAAGUUUUGAUAGUGUUUGCUGGUUUCGAACUAUAGACCAUCUAUAGAUGGCAAAGCAAUAGAUCAGGACAGUUACAUAAUAGUCCACAAGGCCGCUUAUCAACCCUCGUGACUGAGAGCCAACGAAAGUUCAUUUGUAAACUGGGAUCCAGUGGAUUGAUAUUGACAGGUACCUUUGUUCUAGAACCCCCGUGAUGGAGAAGAGUUUUUUUGAAAGGUUUAACAAGUAACAAUUAAAGUUUACAUGGCUUUGCGUAUUUUAAACCGCAAUUUCACCAAAGAACUAGAAGAUCAAACAUCACCUGAGUACGAAAAUUUCGUAAAAUAUUUCGAAGAACAGAUGAAGAUCGUUUUCAAUAAUUUAGAUGGCUACGCCGGAAUAGAAAUUUUAGAAAUUUUUAAUGGCAGUGUUAGAGUGCGUUAUCGAGUUGUCGUCGUUGUCGUCGUGAAAAAUAAUGAAGGUGGCAGCACAGUGACUAGAAGGACAGUUCUUAUUACUGAAACAGUUUUGAAUAAAGCAAAGACAGGAUGGGUGGAGGGACUUCAAGUGGAUAAAGAUCCCAAGUUUAUGGAACUAAAUAAAUCACCUCCGCCAUCACCUAAAAAUGUGACUGUGGUAGAAAUAUUCAAAGAUGGACCAAAUAAUAUGCCAGAUUGGCUUUUGGCGAUCAUCAUAAUCGUCUGCAUCAUCAUCUUAAUCGCUGUCAUGGCUAUUCUUAUUGUAUACUGUCGUCGUAAAAACUCUUCCACCAACAAAAUGAUCGAAGAGCUUGACAUGAGAGCUAUUCCGAAGGAAAAAGAAGCCGAUGCUUUUCCAGAAUCGUACGUCAACACAAUGUUUAGUGUCAAUGAAAACUGCCCGAGCUUUGCGAGAGAGAACCUGGUCUUAAUGGAAGAACUUGGGUCUGGAGAAUUUGGCGUUGUAUUCAAAGGGCAACUACUACAAAACGGCCAUUCCAAAGAAUGUGCAGUGAAGACACUAAAAGGCACAGCCAAUCCAGAAGAUUACCGUGAGCUUCACCAGGAACUUGAUAUCAUGGUAAAUGUUGGCUUUCAUUCUAACUUGGUGAAUUUGAUUGGUUCCUGCGUUGAAGAAGAAAAGCUGUUUGUAAUCGUCGAAUUCGCCCGUAACGGAUCGCUGUUUGAGUUCUUACGAAAAGCACGCACACAACCAGAAGAGAAGUUAGAAUUCGAGCUGAAUUAUGUUAAUAGGCUAAAGAUUGCAUUAGAUGUGGCCAAAGGAAUGACCCAUUUGGCAAAAAGAAGGUGCGUUCAUCGUGACUUGGCUGCAAGGAACGUUCUGUUGGCAGACGACUUUGUUGCAAAGGUAGCAGACUUUGGCUUGUCUCGUGAUAUCUACGAAACGGGAGAAUACGAGAAGACUACAGUGGGUAAGCUUCCAACUAGAUGGAUGGCUAUCGAGUCUUUGGAGCUGAGGCGAUUUACUUUGGAGAGUGAUGUAUGGUCUUUUGGAGUUCUUUUGUGGGAAAUUGAAACUAAAGGCCUCAUGCCACAUGGAGCUAUCUCUUUCACGGAACUGCUUAAACAACAAAAGAAAGGCUACAGAUUGGAGCAACCUGAAGGAACACCCGAUGAAUUAUAUCGCGUGAUGCAGAUGUGUUGGCAAGCCAAUCCUAAACAACGUCCUACUUUCGAUCAAAUCUGCAAUACUCUGAAAGCAAUGUUGAAUAAUAGCCAGAUGUCAAAAGGAAAUUUGAACGAGGAAGAAUUGGAAAUCAAGCAAGGAUCAAGGAACCAGCAAGACAAUAUCGACAACCAAACAUUUGCCUAAACCAUAAUGUACAAUAUACUAUGGACAACAAGUUAUUCGCCGAAUGAACAAAUAUUUCUUUUAGACUGCUGUACUACUGCUUGUUUUGGCUUAAUUAUCAUUGCCUCAUUUUUUUCUAAAGUGUACGCGUCCAAUGAUGAAAUCGAGAUGGGUGGGAGGGUUACAAUAGUCUAUCUUUGCCAGUACCGCCGGUCGAGUGCCUGCCCACCCAAACUAAAAUGCCUGCAUGGCUUGCAAUCCUUUAAAUAAGAAAGAUGGCUGCAAUGUUGGUUGGUAUAACGAAACAAACAAAGAAAAAUAAUAUUUUUGUUAAAUUCAACCACUCACAUGGCAGCUAUACGAAAACUAGCAAUCGUAAAUUCUCAACAAAAAUAAAACGUACUCGAUGAGUACAUGUGUAUACUUGUGAUAGAAACAUAGCAACCUUUUACAAUCAUAUCUUUGUGAAAUAUUCAUCUGCAGGUAUUUUUCUUGUGGAGCUCAAUUAUCAAUUAUCAGGUCUCAAUAUUCUCCUUACAGAGCUCAGCUACCUCAUCUAUUAUGUUAUAGGAAAGAUCUGAGUUAGUUUAACAUCGGUUCUGUAACAAUAGUCCACGAAGCAUGUGGCACAAACACGCCAAUUCAGUGGUCGUCCUUUUGUUUUUGCGAUAGAUUUAAAAAAAAUAUUGUUAAUACCUGAAAGCAGUUUCAUUAAACAACACUUGACACAUGCAA